AUAAGUAAUAAGCAAUAAGCAGCCCCACAACUUCAAAAAGUUUUUUUUUCUUUCUUUUCCUAUCUCUAUUUGAAAUCUGUUUCAAGGGAAGAAGGAAAAUUUUAUGAUUUUUUGAGGGUUUGUUAAGAAUAAAUAGAAAACAAUGGCGAACAAUGUUGCUGUUAUUGGUAUCUGUUCGGUGUUCUUGGUGGCAGCAGUGGUGGCAGCAGUGGUGGGUGUUACGCAUUUAAAAAACAACGGUGAUUCGAAAAGCGGUGAAAUAUCGAGUUCGACGAAAGCGGUGCAAACUGUUUGUCAACCCACACAGUUCAAAGAGGCAUGCGAGAAGAGCCUGGAGUCAUCUAAUUCCACCGACCCUAAGGAGCUGAUAAGGACGAGUUUCCAAGCAGCGAUAGAGGAAAUAAGGAAAGUGUUGGCGAAUUCAGCGACGAUACAAGACUUGAAUAAAGAUGACAACAACAAAGCAGCCCUUAAGGUUUGUAAAGAAGUAUUGGAUUUAUCAAUUGCUGACCUGCAACUUUCAUUUGAUAAGCUGGGGGGAUACGAGAUGAGUAAGAUCGGUGAUUACUUACUAAACCUGAGGGUGUGGUUAAGCGGUGCCUUAACUACCCUACAAACAUGUGUAGACUCAUACGCGGAGGUAAAUAAAGAACAAGCGGAAAAGAUGAAUUCAAUUUUGAAGACUUCAAUGGAGCUUACCCAAAAUUCUUUAACCAUGGUGACUAAGUUAUCCACCAUCUUGAAUGACCUUAACAUUCCAGGCAUCAAUAUCGACACAACUGGGUUUGAACGUAAGCUCCUGUCUAACGAUGGACCUGAGUGGAUGGGCCACGCUGAGAGGAGACUACUUCAAGCAAAACCAACAGAUUUGAAGCCUAACGUUGUGGUUGCUAAGGAUGGUAGUGGGAAAUAUGAUACCAUCACCAAGGCCUUGGCUGAAGUCCCUCCAAAAAGCCCCAAUCGAUUUAUUAUUCACAUUAAGGCUGGUACUUACAAGGAACAAGUCCUUUUACCUAAGGAGAUGACUAAUGUUAUGUUCAUCGGUGAUGGUCCAACUAAGACCAUCAUCACCAAUGACCUUAACUGCAUUAGGGAUCAUCCGCUUAAAACAUUCGGCACUGCAACGGUUGGUGUGGAUGGGGCUGGUUUCAUGGCCAGGGACAUUGGAUUCGAGAACACAGCAGGACCUCCUGGUCAUCAAGCAGUAGCUUUUAGGGCAACAUGUGAUAUGGUCAUCAUGUUCAAUUGUCAUUUCAAUGGAUACCAAGACACCCUUUAUGCUCACAAACAGAAACAAUUUUAUAGGGAUUGUCUCAUCAGCGGGACAGUGGAUUUCAUUUUCGGGGAUGCGGCGAGUGUGUUCCAAAAUUGUCUGAUCAUUGCGAGGAAGCCCGGUGAAAACCAAAACAACAUGAUUACAGCCCACGGAAGGAAAUUCCCAUACACUCACUCAGCCAUUGUGCUUCAAAAUUGUACCAUCUCAGGCGCCCCUGACUACCUCCCGGUGAAGGACAAGAGCAAGACGUACCUUGGUCGUCCUUGGAAAGCUUUGGCGAGGACCAUCAUAAUGCAAAGCAAUAUUGAUGACAUCAUUACACCAGAGGGUUACUCCCCCAUGGAAGGCACCGUAGGACUAGACACCGGUUACUUUGUAGAGUUCCAAAAUAGGGGACCAGGGGCUAAAACCGAAGGCAGGGUCAAAUGGCCAGCUAUCAAGACAAUCGAUAUAAAUGAAGCCAAGAAAUGGACUCCUGGCGUCUUUCUUGAAACUGAAACUGACAAAUGGAUUUCGCAAACCGGCACUCCUUGUUAUCCUGACAUGGUCCCUGGAGUGUAAACUUCCAAAACCAUCGCCAUUAGUAUUCUUUUAUUAUCAUUAUUAGUAAUCAUGUUGUCGAUUAUUGAUUAAGUUAAACAAUUUUUUUCCUAUGUUUUAUUUAUAUUAAUAAUAUAUUCUUUAUUA